GGUGUCCUGUAUUAGCGACCAGCCCUGAGAGAGAGAAGAGAAGAUGCGCUGCUUUCCGCUGUCGGUGCUCAUAUUGUUGGCCUGCUCGCUUUCUCACGCCGGUGGCCAUAACAACGGCGUCAGAAAAACAAAAAUGCAGUUUGCAGCCGGGCCGCUUCUUAAAUUUCAAAUCUGCAUCUCCUGAGGCUACAAGCGGGUGUUUGAGGAGUACACGCAGGCCUUGUCCCAGCGGUACCCAGACAUCCGCAUCGAAGGGGAGAACUAUCUCCCUCUGCCUAUUUACAGGCACGUCGCUUCCUUUCUGUCCAUUUUCAAAUUGUUCCUGAUCGGCCUGAUCAUCGUGGGAAAAGACCCGUUCAUGCUGUUUGGCAUGGAAUCUCCACGACUUUGGACUUGGAGUCAAGAGAAUAAGAUCUACGCGUGCAUGAUGGUGUUCUUCUUCAGCAACAUGAUUGAGAACCAGUGCUUGUCGACCGGGGCUUUUGAAAUCACAUUAAACGAUGUUCCCGUGUGGUCCAAGCUGGAGUCAGGUCACCUUCCCUCCAUGCAGCAGCUGGUGCAGAUCCUGGAGAACGAAAUGAAGAUGAACAUGCCCAUGGACAGACUCCCACAAUAUCACUCUUAACCCCCGAGCCCGAGUAACAUGCACUGGGUUUGCGGUGUGACUCUCCUCUCGCGGACGUGAGGCGACGUUUCAUGAAGGUCUGCGCUGAAAGUAGUCCUGCUACCGGCACAGACUGGAUAUCUGCCCUCUGCUCGCCAUCACGCCCCCUCCGGAGAGGCUCCACCCACACACAACCCCUCAGCGGCCGAUUAUUUCCACCGAAUCCAACACAAUGCAGUGCAAUAACAUUUCCGCACAAGCAGCAGGUCUACAACGUAGUAAUUCACUUCUUGUAAACGUUAUUAACUUGUAGAUUGUUAUAAUGUUUAAAAAACAAUUCUAAUUUUCUUAACUCAAGCCCCAGAUCAUGGUUAUUUAAAAUUUGUCAAUUGUUUUAUUGAGCUGUUAAUUUUCUUUUGUAUAUAUAUAGUUUAACGUGUUAAAGAGAAAUAAAUCCUAACAAAAACACAA